GCAAACCCAUAAAUAAAGCGUAAAAGUACAGCAUCCCAAUCCAUUGAAGUAGUCACUCCGUGUCUCUUAGUUAUACACGAUGGCCGUGAAAUUGGCACUGAUGAUUUCAGUGGCCACGAUGUUGUACACGUGUCAAGCUGGCAGCAACCUCUACCCUCUGAUUCUAAUACCUGGGAAUGGUGGGAACCAGCUAGAAGCCAAGCUAACCAGUGACUACAAGCCCUCGAGCCUGUACUGCAACAAGUGGAACCCAGUUCGGAAAGACAAGGAGGGUUGGUUCAGACUAUGGUUCGACCCAAGUGUGCUCUUGGCUCCGUUUACAAAGUGCUUUGCUGAGCGAAUGACGCUUUACUAUCACCCUGAUCUGGAUGAUUUCCGAAACGCACCUGGGGUCCAAACCAGGGUCCCUCACUUUGGUUCCACUCAGUCUCUUCUCUACCUCGACCCUUAUCUCAAGCACAUUACAGCAUACAUGGCACCCCUAGUGGAAUCUCUUGAACAAAUUGGAUAUGUCAAUGGCAAGACCCUCUUUGGAGCUCCAUACGAUUUUAGAUAUGGUUUAGCUGCAGAAGGUCACCCAUCCCAAGUGGGUUCCAAGUUCCUACAAGACCUAAAGGAUUUGAUAGAAAAGGCAAGCACUUCUAAUGGAGGAAAGCCAGUCAUACUUCUCUCCCACAGCUUAGGAGGCCUGUUUGCCCUCCAACUUCUCAACCGAAACCCGUCCUCUUGGCGCCAAAAAUAUAUCAAACACUUCAUUGCACUCUCAGCACCAUGGGGUGGCACAGUGGAGGAAAUGCUAACCUUUGCUUCUGGGAAUUCACUUGAAGUGCCACUAGUGGAACCAUUGCAAGUACGAGAAGAACAAAGGAGCUCUGAGAGCAACCUAUGGCUCAUGCCUAAUCCCAAACUUUUUGGCAGUCAAAAACCACUUGUGAUCACUCCAAAUGCAACUUACUCGGCCUAUGAUCUAGCACAAUUUCUCAGUGACAUUGGAUUUCCACAAGGGGUUUAUCCUUAUAAGUCUCGCAUUUUGCCAUUGACAGAAAAAUUAGUAGCACCUGGGGUGCCUGUUACAUGUAUAACUGGGAGUGGUGUAAGUACACCAGAGACUUUGUUCUAUGGUGAAAAUGGUUUCGAUGAGCAACCAGAGAUUCUUUAUGGGGAUGGAGAUGGGACAGUGAACAUGCUGAGCUUGUUAGCACUUGAAUCACUAUGGUCCAACGAGAAAAACCAAACCCUUAAGGUGAUCAAAAUUCCUGGGGUUUCUCAUACAUUAAUACUGAAAAAUGAUGCUGCACUUGAGGAAAUAAUAGGAGAAAUUUCAGGUAUCAAUUCAAUUGCUGAGUAUUAUGUUGGGUACAGAAUUAAAUAGAGUUGUGAUGCAUAAUGUAAUUGGGCAACACCAGGGCGCUUCAAGAGUUGUUGAUUCAUUCUUUGUUUGAUAUAACUUGUUACCCAAAGGAAGGGAGAAAAACCAAAAGAAAAGAAAAGAAAAGAAAAAGGGUGAUGAAGAUUGUACUGAA